ACUGUCUGUCUCUCACAAACAAACUCUGCCGUCACAUCCUACAAACACCACAACAUCAAGAAUAUCGCUGUUGUUAUUGGAGCACGUUGACUGAUCAGGCCCAAUGGCUCUGCUCAAAUCUGGCUGGCUCUGGAGACAGUCUUCAGUCCUCAAACGCUGGAAGCUGAACUGGUGUGAUAUCUGGAUAGAUGGGAGCUUUGUGUUUUAUAAAUGUGAAAACAGAAGGGACUAUGAGACCAGAGUGAGUCUGAAGACCACCUGUGUGAAUGUGAAGUCUGGACUGGAGUGUGCAGGUGUAUGUCCACCUGAGAGUCAUCCCAGAGAGAAUCUGCUGGUGGUAUAUCUGAAGGAUGGUUCUCUGUUGAGACUGUGUGCAAACAGUGAAGAUGAAGCACUGGCUUGGAAACUCACACUCCUGGAAGCAAAAAGAAAUCCUGUCUUUACUUACAAUCCCUAUGACGAUACCUAUCAGACUGUUCCAAUUGAUAGCCAUAAUGCAGUUUACAUCAUGCCAGGAUCAGGUUGUGAGGGGACUCAGCAUGUGUGGGUGCAAAGGGACACAUAUGAUGACAGUUUUGGAGAGCAGAUCGCAUUGGGUCUCUUGGCUGGAAUGACCGCAGGUGCUGCAAUGCGUUCACUUCUAUGGAUGCCCUUCUGGUUCUGCUGAGGACCAAUCAGACAACAGGAUGACCACUAGAGUAUCAGCAGCUCCAGCAAGCUGAGAGAGUAGACUGGAAAAGUCAGCUCAGUGAUAGCAAAGGCUGCGAGGAUCAAUUGGUCAAUCGCUGUGUAAAAGAGGGAGUUGAGUAAAAUGCAUAGAUUCUGGCUGCUUCGCUACAUUAUAUAUGCUAUAAAUGAGAAAACAGUCCUGUGCAGUUCCACAGUUACCAGGUCAGGACAGUUAAAAACAAAGAUUUCUCUCACUUUUUGUAAUCUCUAAUUGGUGAGAUUUGGAUGCUUCUUUGCUCUCAAGAGGAAAUAAAUCUCAUGGAAAAAGAGAUGGUGUUGUCGACAAAUUACAAAAUGCCUAAUUAAUCUGCACACAACUGUCUCUAGACUCUCUACAAAGACAGACUGCUCAUUUUUGCUGCUAUAAUUUUGUGUAUUAUGUUCAUAUAGUGCUUCCCAAAUAUGUUCUGUGUUUUUGCAGAUAAUUAAAAUCCAUGUGCUAGGUGAUUCUUAACAAUACAAAUGAUUUCUGAAUUAUAAUGAAUUCCUGAAUCUUAAAUAUAUUAUUGUCUUUAGCAUGAGGUUUAAGAGGGACCAAACCUUUGAUUGCACUUC